AUGACUGCCGACCAAGAAGCGCAGCCAGAGUACGACGAUGGCGGUUUGACAGGUCCUGGGGCUCCAACCCCACUAUCAGCCUUGGAGGGCAUGGCUGGUCUGACUGCUCGCGACAUCAAAUUGUUCGUCGAUGCUGGCUACCACACUGUUGAGCGAGUCGCCUUUACACCGAAGCGUCAACUCGAACAAAUCAAGGGAAUUUCAGAGCAAAAGGCCAGCAAGAUUCUGGCAGAGGCCAAUAAGCUCGUCCCUCUCGGAUUCACCACAGCCACGGAAAUGCACGCGCGUCGAAGUGAAUUGAUCUCGAUCACGACUGGCUCUAAACAACUGGAUACGCUCCUUGGUGGUGGUAUUGAAACAGGCUCAAUCACAGAGAUCUUUGGAGAGUUCAGAACGGGAAAAAGUCAAAUUUGCCACACACUCGCAGUGACAUGUCAGUUACCAUUCGAUAUGGGCGGCGGCGAGGGAAAAUGUCUUUAUAUCGACACCGAGGGAACAUUCCGGCCGGUUCGGCUGCUUGCUGUUGCCCAGCGUUAUGGGUUGGUGGGUGAAGAAGUUCUCGACAAUGUCGCCUACGCUCGGGCCUACAAUUCGGAUCAUCAACUCCAACUAUUGAACCAGGCCUCUCAAAUGAUGUGUGAGACUCGAUUCUCACUCCUGAUUGUGGACUCGGCCACAUCACUGUAUCGAACAGACUUCAAUGGCCGUGGAGAGCUUGCAUCUCGACAGACUCAUCUCGCCAAGUUCUUGCGUACCCUUCAACAUCUUGCAGAUGAGUUUGGCAUCGCGGUCGUCAUCACCAAUCAAGUCGUGGCACAAGUCGACGGUGGCCCCAGCGCUAUGUUCAACCCUGACCCCAAGAAGCCCAUUGGAGGUAAUAUCAUCGCUCACGCGAGUACAACACGACUGAGUCUCAAGAAGGGUCGAGGAGAAACCCGAAUCUGCAAAAUCUAUGACAGUCCAUGUCUUCCAGAAAGCGAUUGUCUAUUUGCAAUCAAUGAAGAUGGCAUUGGCGAUCCGAGCGAGAAGGAUCUGGAGAAAGACUGA